AUGACGAAAAUGGAAAAUUCUAUAAGCAGUGGAAUAGAGACAGAUAUGAAAAAGGAUUAUAGAGGUUUUGCUCCAUUUGCCUAUGCUGUCGGUGGCGCAAUUUUAUCGGUUUCUUCCUCCAAUCGGAUGCCCAGUCCAUUCCGACCCUCCCGAAACCUUCUCAUCCCCACCCCUUCAGGCGUUCUUCAUUCAGUCAGUGACCAUCUCUUGGGUAUUGCAGUUCUCUCUUUGAAAAUCUUCAUAAUGGAUUAUCAAGACAGCGAUUCAAAAAUGGUUGCAUUUUAUAAAGAUCUGCUGGGUUGGGAAUCUUCACCACCCUCAAAACCAACGUGUAAGCCUUCGCUACAUUCAACAAGAUCGCUACCACAACAAGAACCAGUAAAAUUACAGCGAUACACAACAUGCAAGAAGAGUUUAUCAGAAGUCUUUAAAAAAUUAGCCAGCAACGGUGUCACAAUCACUGGGAGAGGCACUGUUCAACAAGAAUUCCAAAAUAAACAAACCAUUCUCACCAGUUCUACAAGAUUCCAUCCAUUGCCAGCUUCUCCGAAAAAAUCAUCGAAAGCGCCGAUUCUGAUAAACGAAUCAGGGUCCAUAAAAAAAAGGAUGCAGCCAAAGAUGAUAUUUUCAAAGAGACGGAAAGUGCCGUUUAGGUGUACUUUCUGUACCAAGCGAUUUAAAUCUCAGGAACGCCUGAAAUUCCACCACCAAAGAAUGCAUGGUAUCAUUUACUUGAGUACUUGGUUAGAAAUACGGUAA